AACUCGACACAUGAUGCAAAACAUCAUAUGCGUAAAUUGUGCGCAACGUUGAACUCCAAACCACACGAAGCCACUCCCACCACCUCAUCGCAGAUUCGCAGUAUGUAUGAACAGCGUCUAGUCAUGGACCAAAAUGGUGAGCUACAAGCUAAUGUAACGAAGUAUUUUUCUGCAGCAGGUUUACGUUUUAAAUACCCAAAAUGCUUUCUAGUGGAAGAUGACCUUCAAGGAACUGAUGGUUCAGGAUCCCUUGGAGGUCUUGAUGUUCGCAGACAGAUCCCAAUCAAGUUACUGUCUAAACAGACGGUAAGAGGCAAGCCGCCUGCCCGACCUCAGCGUCCCACCACCAGACUGCCCUCAAAAAGUGAAGAAGAGCCUUUCAGCUAUAAACAAGAGGAAAGAUUUGAGUGUAAAUCUGGAGAUGCUUAUGGAAACCAGCGCAGAUUCCCUCAGCCAAUCUUCUGGGAUUAUAAGCUCAACUUGGUAGGAGUAAAAGAUGACACUCCAGUUCAUUUUUGUGACAAGUGUGGCCUGCCCAUAAAGAUCUAUGGGCGAAUGAUUCCCUGUAAGCAUGUGUUCUGCUAUGACUGUGCAUUGCACUAUGAGAAGAAAUGCGACAAGAUGUGUCCUGGUUUGUCCCUCUACAGCUGCACAGACCCUGUCCAGCGCAUCGAGCAGUGCCAGCGUGGCUCCCUCUUCAUGUGCAGCUUCGUGCAAAGCUGCAAACGCACCUACCUCUCACAGCGAGACCUGCAGGCCCACAUCAACCAUCGCCACAUAAGGGCCAGCAAGACCGGAAGCUCUCGCCAGGAUCCACCACACCCGACGCUGGUCUCUGACCCACCAGACCGCUUCCGGUUGCCUCCACCUCCCCACCUGUCUAAAUCACACCCUCUCAUUCCUUCCCCACUGCAAGGCCACGAUAACUACAACCAUCCACCUCCAUCCUCACCCUCCGAUCUGGGGCCUUCCCCACGGCCCCUCCCCCCGGAGACCUUCCGGAUUGCCACAGUGACCACACGGAAGCAUAGCAACCUCAUCACAGUGCCCAUUCAUGAUGAUUCGGGGAGCUUGGGCCGCUCUCCCCGUGAGCCUCACCCACAGACACCUCCCGGCCCGCCUCCGCACCAUCUCCCUGGUGAUUACUCCAGCCAACCAGUGGUUUCUCACCCGCAUCACAUAAUGCCCCCACCACAACAGCCACAUUACAGGCCUCCGCCGCCCCCACCCCCCCCUAUCAGCAUCCCCAUGCAGCACCCGCCGCAAGGCUCGGCCACACCUCACAUGGUUUACAACCAGGCACCUCCCAUGUCAACACCCCCUCCACCUGGACACAUCAUCAGCCAGAUGCCACCCUACAUGAAUCACCCUCCACCAGGUCCGAUUCCCCACUACAACCCAAACUCAAUGCCACAGGACCAAGGCACUCUUAGCCCACCUUUUACCCAACCAGGUGGCAUGAGCCCAGGGAUGUGGCCCAAUUCACGCGGACCCCAUCCGCCCCGUAUGCAGGGGCCGCCACCACAGGGACAGAUGCCAGGGCCUCACCACCCUGACCAGUCACGAUAUAGACCGUAUUACCAGUAGCAUCCUGCCUGUGUUGGCUCUAUCAGACUUUCUGACUGGAUACUGUUAAACAAGCUUUGUGGGCUGUUUGUUUUCUGAUGUAAUCAUCCCCAUUGCUGGCCAUUUUUUUUACUAAUGUCCCUCAUUCAGGGUGGUUCUGUGGAAUUGAGAACUGAAGAGAGUGGCAAAAAAACCCUACGUUUUUGGUUGGAAGAAUUUAAGUUUAGUUUGAAACGUUUACAUAAUGUUGUACCCAUCAACUGCAAUAAAUGAAACUUGAACACAUGAA